CAUCACUAAUGUGGGCGUAGCUGGUAAACAAAUCUAAGAUCUGUAUGCAGUUUUAAACUUGAUAACAUAAUUAUUUAUUGUUGAGCUAUCUAUAGUUGUAGAAAUCUCAUACAGCAGAAACCUGAUUAUCUAGCUGAGGAUUAAGCCACCGUUGGUUGCUGCUGCACUAUCUUGUUGCAAAAGUAACGCCAUGGCUGAAGGUGAUGCACAUAAUCUUGAAACUAGCCGAAGUGUAGUGCUACCUCCAAUAAAGCCAAAGAGAGCUAAAAGUGCAAAUACAAAUUUUCCACACUACAGACGUUUCAAAUAUGAAUCUCCAGAAAAGCUAAAGGAGCUGGAGAAGUCAUUCGUACUGGAUGGGAUUACUCUCAGUAAACAAGCGAAUGAUGAGGUAGACAGAACACAGCCUUCUUUGAAUCUUGGAAUACCACAGUACAACGCUCUUCAUGAUAAGCACUGCAAGAAGUAUUUUAAAAGUAAAUCUCUGCCAAAAACUGUUCAAGAGGCCAAGCAAGUGGUAUCUACCGGAAGUAGUAGUGAGCUGAGUGCUUCGAUGAUGGGACAAGUGUUCGACAAGUUCAUACGUAAUAGCUCUACAAAACAUUACCUACAGGAAAGGGAGGCGCUGGGAGCUGGUUACACACGCAAACUAUAUGGUGGUCACCUCUCCAUCCCCACAACUCCUUCAGUUGUUGGAUAUCAUGGUGAUGAGGGUUACCGUCGAAAUACUUUUGACCUUCGAAAAAAAAGAUCUGCCUUUGACUAUGAAGAUCCGUUUGAUGAUCCCAAACCUCUAAACCGUAGACUUCGUACGCAGUCGGCUCCAGCCACUGUUCGACUAAUGAGAUUGAAGUCUGCUAGCAUAUACAGAGCACCACCAGGAGGUAGAAGAGCGGUAUCUGCAAUCCCCAGAGCUGCACCACAACACAGAGAACUAGCAACUGGGCCAGUGGCUUAAAUUAUAGUUUUGCAUGUAUUGAUAUAAUCUUGUUAUAUAAUUAUACUUAUGCGUGUGUGUCACUGAAUGUGCUAAAUAAAAAACUGG